AGCGGAGAGGGGGAGGAGAGAGAGAGAGAGGGUAGAGAGAGCCUGUGAGUGUGCUGUGAGAGAGAAAGAGAGAAAGACGAGGUCUGGCGUCUCCCGGUAGUAAAUCUAUCAGGGCUCGAGCACAAGAACUCGGAGAAACAGACAGAGAAGAGGCCUCGCGGAAAUCCCACUGCUUUACUGGUGACCGGGAGCAGCAGCAGUAGCAGCAGCAGCGCGUGAAGCCUUGGAUUAAAAAAACCCGACUACAAGGACGGAUGGUCGCGCGGACGGGCGGCGCGCUCUGAAGUUGGACAGACUACCGAGACACCGAGAGCAAGCAGCAGCGGCAGCAGCAGCUUUUUGUUCACCCCACCUCCCCGAACCCCGUGAAGGCAGCGGCGGCACCGGGAGGCUGUGCCCGCGCACCCAGACCAUGAAGCUGCCUUGGCUGUUGGCGCUCACGGCGCUGCUUGCUCACGCCGCCACGGGACAGACGUGGUCUAUUGAUGACGAAGGCUCGACGAGAGACGACUUCUACGACGAUGAGGACCUCUACUCGGGCUCUGGCUCUGGCUUUCCUGAGGUCAGUAUGAGGCCAACAUUGGCGGGCGUGUCCUUCACCACAGAAGAGCCCCUCCUCCUCUCCACCACCCAGGCCACUAGCCCCGCCCCCUCCGCCUCACCCGCGGCCGAGCCCAGCCCCAACCCCGAGGACCCCACCGCCACCCCUCUGCCCACCGAGGCCGACGGAGAGAGUGGUGCAUUUUGGGAGAGAGAGCUAGAGAAGGAGAAAGAGAGGGAGCUGGAGAGAGACAGACAGAGGGAACUGGAAAGGGAGAAACAGUUGGAGAGGGAGAGAGAGAGGGAAAGAGAGAGGGAACGGGUCAGAGAGAUGGAGAGAGAGAGGGAGAGGGAGAGAGAGCGCGAGCGAGAGAGGGAACGUGAGAGAGAGCGAGAGAAGGAGAGAGAGAGGCAGAGAGAGCGUGAGCUUGAAAGAGAGCGAGAGCUGGAGAGAAUCAGGGCCGCCGCUGCCGCCCAGACCACCUCCGCCCCGAAGUCAUCCGCUGCCGUUCCUGUGGUGACCACCAACCCUGCAACCAGCCCUGCAGAAAGUGCAGCGCCCUCUGCUGGUUCGGAUGACCUGAGCACCACAGAAGAAGAGGAUGUCUACCUGUCACCUGAGCCCACCUCGUUUUACCCGGGCUUCGACAUGGAAACCACCACAGAAGAAGACACACCCGCCACAGAAGAGACCACACCUGAAGUCACGACAGCUGCUCCUACCACCACCACCACUGUCAGGACCAGGGUCCCCUUCAGGCCCAGGGUUCCCAUGACAACAGCCACUCAGGUGAUGCCGACAGAGAGAACGACCCGCCCACAGCAGCCCACAACUACGCAGGAGGCUAACAACGAGGUGGGCGCUGCAGGACCAAGUGGAGAUUUUGAGAUCCGUGAGGAUCGCCGCAAUGAUCUUGGUCGGGGUAUAAUGCCAGUGGAUCCUGAUCUGAUCGGCAACACGGUGGAUGGAGGAAGCUCUGCCGCCCAGCUGCCACAGAAGAACAUCUUGGAGAGAAAAGAGGUCUUGAUAGCGGUGAUAGUGGGAGGCGUGGUGGGCGCCUUGUUCGCCGCCUUCCUGGUGAUGCUGCUGGUGUACAGGAUGAAGAAGAAGGAUGAGGGCAGCUACACGCUGGAGGAACCCAAACAGGCCACGGUCACCUACCAGAAACCAGACAAGCAGGAAGAGUUUUACGCAUAACACUCGUAUGCCAGAGAGACACCCCACAGCGAGGGAGAGAGAAAGAUGGAGAGAGAGAAGAGAGAAAGAUACUCUAAGCCCCAGUCCUCCUCCUCCUCUUCUUCGUCGCUCCCCCCUCAUCUGCUCGCCUCUCCUCAUCCCUCUCUCCUCUCGUCUCCAAAACACUUGAGAGCGCCUUUCUCUCAGCGGACUUGGAACUUUCUUUUCAAUGAAAACGAAAAAGAGGACAAAAAAAAAAUAAAUCCAAAUAUAUUCUGAAAAAAUAACACAUACACACGAGAUGUUUUUAAAGUAAAUGUUGUUAUUAAUAUUCUACAGAUUCUCUUGUUCUGUAUGUAAUGAUAUUAUUAUUUUGUAAAAAAAAGAAACAAAACAAAACACAAGCGCUUAACCUGUGUUUUCCAGCACAAAAAAAAAGUUCCUCUUCUGUUUUUAUGGAGCAAAUGAAAAGGCUUAAAAGAAAGAGGAGAGGAGAGGGGUGGAGCGAGCUGAGCGAGACACAAAAGAAAAAAAAAAAGGAUAAAGAGCGGUGGGCUCGACUCUGCCCCUCAACCCCCAAAAAACACACAGAGCAUCUGGUUGGCCGCACAGAGCCCAGGGUCAAAGGUGAGAGGAAAGGUCUCUUUUGUGCCUUCCGUCCCUCUGGUGCUCAAAGACAUGCAAACGCACAUCCAUGCAGCCACAGAGACACACGCACAUGCGCAUGCACACACACACACUUGUAUCUGCUUGAAGGUGGCUCUGACCUCUCUCUCUGUGCUCGGCCAACCAGAAAACAGUUCUCAACCCUUGGCGUGUUCCACAGCGUCGAGGAGCCGCUGUGGAGACGGUGGCUGGUCGCAUCGAGGUUUGCUCCGCGGCCCGUCUGCUCCUCUAAGCUGUACAAAGACUAGUUACGGAUAGUAAUAAUAAUCAAUAAUAUAUCAUUGUUUUGGGCUGGAUGGUUAACAAUAAUAAUAAUAAUACCAUAAUAAUAAUAAUGAUAAUAAUACUUAAACAGGAGGAUGUGUAUUUAGCAGUUUAAAAAAAAAAAAGUUUAUAUGUAAAUAUUGUAUUCUUUCUCGCAUCACUAACCAUCUGCAUGAUCAUGAAGAGUUUUUAUUCAUCACGUCCAUCAUCACUUUAGAUGAGCUGUGCUCUCGUCAACCACAUGCACACAAACACACACACAAACACACACACACAUACACACACACAAACACACACAGAGACAUACUUUCUGUGCAUUUAAACACACCACACGGACUAUAAAUAUACUGUAGAUCAUAUCAUUCAGACACAUAUCAAACCCCAUCGUCAUUGUCAUCAUCAUCAUCAUUGUGAUAGUCAUCACUUUUGAUACGAGCGAGAUCAGGUGGUUUCAAUAUGUUAUUGAUUAGUUAUCGAUCAGUUGCUGGUUGGUUUAGAGUUUGGUCUGUUUGUGUAAAAGCACAACUAUGUGUCCAAUCAUAAUGUCAUCUGACCCCCCCACCCCCCCCACUCUGCCCUUUCCCAUGACAUCAUCUGAUAUCCCCCACCCACACUCCCCUUGCAUGCCUCACCUUGUUUUUCUUCCACCAUUGGCUCUCUGUUUGGGGAUGGGAGGGGCCUCUGGGAAGCAUGAGGGGCUUUAAUGAAAAACAGGAAGUGUGAAUCUGCACAGGAAGUUGCUCCCACAUGCACUAAUUCAGUCCAAAUUAUAACUUAAUUCAUAAUUAAAGCAUUGGUAAUGAAAGGAAAAAGACUUUGAAUCAGUGUUUAUGGUGUCAACUUUAGCCUGCGGGGCCAUUUUGGGGACUGGGACAUGGGUAAUGGGUUUAGGAUUCGGUUUGGGAAGGGGAAUGUGAGGAGACAGGAGGGCUGUGCUUCUAUCUAAGAGAUUGUAACAAUAACCACACCAGUGAGACUGGGCUAGUAGCUUCUAUUAUACUCAGUACUGUAGAACAAAAAUGCAUGGGAGUCAAAACUAUACUAGUCUGGGUGUGUGUGGAUGCCUGUGUGUGUUUUUGUCUGUGUGUAUGUUCGAAAGAAAAAAGAGGGGUGAGUUCAAGUUGGAAUGUACUGUGGUCGAGUGUGUGUUUACCUACUCCAGCAGUUCUCACGCUCUUCCACAGACAGGUAACACACCUCCUCCACUCCUGUGUGUGUACGUCGCCUGCCCCCUCGCCAGUGUGAGAAUACGUAUGUGUGUGUCUACACCUCAUCUAAAUCCGCCACCUGUAUGUAUGUGUGUGUGUAUGUGUGUGUGCCUGAGUGCUUCACCUUGGUAUUUCACAGCAGACUCUUGUGUACACUGACUAGCCUGUCGAUGUGUGUGUCUGCGUGUGUUUAGUCUGUUCACUGCUGAAUGUGGGGCAGCUGGUCCCUCACAGUGGCUUUCACACACACUGACUGUGUCUUUUCACUGUCUGUCUGACUCUGUCUGUCUGUCUCUCUGCCGCAGGACAGACGGACAGACAACACGCCACUUUCUCACAGGCAGGAAUGAUCUUAACACGUACUGUCUUUUCUAAAGUGACUGUCAAAGUGUAAACAUGUGCGUUUGUACCCAUAUAAGCCUGCGUAGCCAAAUAAGAUGUGUGUGUGUGUGUGAGAGAGAGGGACAGAGAGAGGUUGAAUUUGUAUGUGUGUGAGUGUAGGUAUGCAUGUGUGAGUGAAUGUGUGUGUGAAGCCUGAUGGAGGCUACACUAUAUGUUUGCUGUUCCCAUUCCUGUUUUUAUACAUUUGCAUUUUUUUAAGGCUGAGUUUCUGUCAUUGGCUGAGUGAGCGAGAGGAGGCGAAUCCUCCACGCCACCGCCCUGUCACUAAUCUGCCACUCUGUUCCAAAUAAAAAACCUGAUUGGGUA